CCAUCUGUCGGGAGGGAUUCGCUGGUGCCUUCCUUCCUGGCGGGACGGCCUUGGGGCUCCCGUUCCCACUCUGGGCUUGGCCUGAGUUCCGGGGGCGGGCCUUCCUGCCUGCCUGUUUUCCUGCCUGCCUUUGCCUUCCUUCGGCGGCGAUGGCGGCGCUGAGGGCGGCGCUGCGGGCCUCGGUGCUGGUGUGCUGGGCGCCGCUCCGGGCCCCGGUCCUGCUCUCCGUCCUGCUGGGCCACUUGGGCGGCCUGCUGGCCUCGGCCGGCGCCGGGGGAGGCGAGGCCCGCGUGGAGGCCGUGCUCCUGGGACAGCCGGCGGGGGGCGCCCCGGGCGAGGCGGCCUCCUCCUCCGCCGCCGCCGCCUCCUCCUCGGCCUUGGCCUUGCGCGGCGCCUGGCUCGCCACCGAGGAGCAGCAGCCCCACGGAGCCCAGGAGGAGGCCUCCAUCCGGGGCAGCCUGGUCCUGGUGGGAGACGCCGACCCCAAAGUGGAGGAGGAAGAUGCCUGGAUCGGAGUGGUCCCCGUUGGUGAGGAUCAGGCGGAGGCCCCUCGCUGUGUGGCCAAGGAGGAGUCCUUCACCUCGGCUGUGGUCAGCAAGAUGAAGCGCGCCCUGGUCCUGGGCGCCUCGGCCCUCCUCAUCCUGGCCCUGAACCAGAACGCCCUCCGGGAGUUGGAUGUGUCUCAAGUCCUCUCCAAACCCGUGGUCCUGGUCCAGACUUCGGAGAACGUGACCAAGCUCUUUGGAGCCCUUCUGCGAGGGCUUCGGGCCACAGCAAAGAUCACUUACCAGGCAGUAUUGUUGGAGAACGUGGGGGUGACCCUGACUCUCUGGUCCACAUGUGGGCUCUCCCGGGGGGGCCUCUAUGGCGAGUGGCAGGGAGUCAUCUGCACGGGAGAGAACAGCUCCAGAGUCCAGAAGUACCUCCAGCAGCUGUGGAACGCCAUCUUGCUCAUCGCCUUGAUCCUGUGCACGGGGCUGAUCCUGCAGGCUCAGCGGCAGUCCCGGCACGGCCAGAGGGAGCAAGACCCAGAGCCGGAUCUCAAACAGCACGUGGCGCGGAGGCUGUCGGCGCUAAAAACACGCCGCUACCAUCCACCGGGGAAGCUGCCUCGGAGCUGGGCUCACGAGAUUGACUGCUGCGCCGUCUGCUUGGACCAGUUCCAUAAGAAUCAGUGUCUCCGGGUGCUGCCGUGUUUGCACGAAUUUCACCGCGACUGCGUGGACCCGUGGCUCCUUUUGCACCAGACCUGCCCUCUUUGCAAACACAACAUUUUAGGAAAUUGCUUCCAGGAGAGCUAGCAAGAUGGCCGCCUGUCCUGAAGGGCUUCCCAUGAGGCUUUGGCCAACAUGGUUGAAGCCGCUGCCUCGCCGCAGAGGGACAGGCAAUGUCUGGAUGUGUCUCCAAUGUGUUUUGUCUCUUCUUGGGUUCGCUCGCUCAUAUCUCCGCCUUGGAUAAACCCCUUGGUGCUGUCACCCCCCCCCCCCCCUUGGACUAUGUCUCCCUAGGGUGGGAAAAGGACCUGCGUUGCCAUGGCUUGGGCAUCUUGGAGUUGUGGGUGGGUUCGGUGGCUUAUUUAUACUAAUUUAUUAUUAUUACUAUUAUUAUUAUUAGAGGGAGAGAGGGGCCGCAAACCCCGCCUCCAGCUGUACUAAUAAAACAAAUCUGGCACAAAAGGA